CUGAAUUUAUUACUGUCGACUGAACGAGGGAGAUAGAGGUUUUCUCCAACUUGUAAUUUCAUUUUCCAAACCGGUCGUACAAAGUAUAGAUCAUGGCAACGAGAAAAUUCUCACAAAUUCUCUGCACACGAGUUGCAAAAUUGAAUAAAUUUCCAGCACAAUUCACAUCGACCAUCAAAUUCUAUUCGACGCCGUCAAAUGAUUACGAAUUCAUCAAAGUUGAAACAACUGGAGAAAAGCAAAAUGUUGCGCUAAUAACACUGAAUCGUCCAAAAGCUCUAAAUGCACUCUGUAAUAAAUUGAUGCUAGAGUUGGACACAGCUAUUAAUAAAUUAGAUAAUGACUCGAAUAUUGGAGCUAUCGUUUUGACUGGAUCUGAGAAAGCUUUCGCAGCAGGAGCUGAUAUCAAAGAAAUGAUGGGCAAUACCUUCGCAAACAACGUAACGAAGAAGUUCUUGGAACAAUGGAACAGUGUUGCUAACAGCAGAAAGCCUAUAAUUGCAGCUGUCAAUGGAUAUGCGCUAGGAGGUGGUUGUGAGGUCGCAAUGAUGUGCGACAUAAUCUACGCAGGGGAUAACGCGAAAUUUGGCCAACCUGAGAUCAACCUUGGGACAAUCCCAGGGGCUGGUGGUACCCAAAGAUUGCCAAGAGUGAUUGGUAAGAGCAAAGCAAUGGAAAUGGUUCUCACAGGCGAUCAAAUAACAGCUGAAGAGGCAGAGAGAAGUGGAUUAGUCAGUAAAAUCUUCCCAGCUGAUAAACUCGUCUCCGAGGCCAUCAAAACAGCCGAGAAAAUAGCAUCCAAGUCGCAAGUAGCUAUUGCCUUGGCAAAAGAUGCUGUUAAUGCGGCAUACGAGUCUACCCUCAACGAAGGUCUUCACUACGAAAAGAGGACGUUCCACGCCACUUUUGCAACUGAUGACCAGAAAGAAGGAAUGGCUGCAUUUUCUGAAAAACGCUCUCCCAAAUUCACCAACAAGUAAACGAAUUCCAAUUUCAAAA